AUGGUACCGUGCGCCCAAGGUCGGGUAAUCGUGGAGACGGCCAGACCGGCGCCGCCGUAUUUCGCCACCUGCACCAGGUACCGUAGAGCGGUGGUGGUGACCAGCGCGCCGAACGAGAUGGUGGCGAGCGUGUCCGGGACCACGUCGUCGAGCGGCACGCAACUGGACCAACAGUCGACGUGUUCCGUGAAGAACGUGCCGAUCCCGUUGUACAGUACCGCGGCGAGGCCGGAAGACCUGGGCGUAACGCCCUGGUACUUGGAGGAUUACCCGACCAUAGACUCCUCGCCGGGCCCUACGGGCGAUCGGAGCUCGUAUCCCUCGUAUUUGUACGCCGUCGAGGCGGAACCGCUCGCCAAGCCGGACACCACCGUCUCCACCAGGAACAGCAGCACCGAGAACGAGCCUCCGCGGCCGACGUACGUCGGCACCGUGCCCAGAAAGGCCUACAUGGAUCUCAGAGACGCGAUCGCUCUGCUGGACGAAACCUGCCCCAACCAGGAAGUCAGUCCGUCCCUAACUCCGCGAACACCGAGAACCCCCUUGACCCCGCACCCGAGAAACAAGAGGGCACGAUCGAAGAGCAGCGACAACUCCUCCAACUACAGCAACGAUCGGCUGAGCGACCGCUCCUUCGAGAACGCCCGAUCGCAGGACAAGGAGAAGAAACGACCGUUCCUGAAGAAGAUCGGCAUAUCGAAGACGGAGGACAAGCCGUUCCUCGCGAAGUUCGCGCCCAAGAUAAUUGGCAAGCCGUACUUGGAGAAAAUCGGCCCCAGCAAGGCCGUGGAGAGGCCCUUCCUCAACAAGAUCGGAUCGUCCAAGACUCUGGACAAGUUUAUCUUCGACGCGCCGCGUUACAAGCAGAAGAACGCGAGCAAAAGCGAGACGACCACGACCACGACUACGUCGACGACCGCAGCGAAGUCGGAACAAGUCGAGACGGUCUCGGAACCGAAGAAACCGGAAGAGUACAAGGCUCUGACGACGAUUCGAUCGUUCGGCGUCGAGAGGAGACGUUCCGGCAAGGGUCAUCUGUUGAAGAUGUACUCGUUCGAAACGGAAGACCUGGAGUCGACGGUCCAGGUCGAGGAUACCCGGGACCCGUUGCGAGGAGGGUCUCUGGACGACGUGCUGGACUCGGGACCGAGCUCUCUGCCGUUGGAGACCAUCGCCGACGAGGCCACCAAGCCGGAAACGAACCAACGGCCCGCGAACGGCGCCGAAUUGCUAAAGUGUCGCGUCACUACCAGCGAGGAGAUCAUCUACACGAACGCGAGCUUCGGCUCGGACAAGGAACCGAACAGCUGGGGGAACUCGCCCAAGAAGAAAUGGUGCCUGAUCAAAGGCACCACUGUGCCGAGGACGCCCACCCGUUGCAAGGUUCUUCGGGGCUCCCCGGAAUGCAGUGUCCCGAAUUCGCCCACGAAACGUUCGAUCUGUACGGACACUUCGCAACCCGACAUUCCGGAGAAGAGCGUCUGCUCUCCGACCAAGACCAGGAGACAGGCCUACGAGGACGACAAGUCGAGCAAGCAGGCGCAGUUCGAGAGACGCGGGAUUUCAUCGGACAAUCUUCUGACGAAGGAUCGGUCGUCGGUGGCCGCCGCCGCCGCGAAAGAGACCUCGUCCGUGGACUCGUUGGCCCACCGCGGGGCCCACGAGUACACCAAAGAGACGUUCAAGCAGCUGCAGGAUAAAUUCAAGUACCACGAAAUACCGAUGGAGACGUACGCGGAUUUCAAGAGACGAACUCGCGGCAGCGUUCAGAGCGUGAUCGCCAGGCAGCAAGACCGACCGUGGACCAGUGCUCGCGACGACGUUCCGGAUGAUACCACGACCAAAGACACCGAGUCGUCGGCGGAGUCGAUCGCGGAGAAGAAGAGCGAAACCGUACUGCCUCGCGGAGGCACCGUAAGAUCCGUGCUCAAGAAGCAACAGGGCGUCGAUCAUCCUAGCGACCAAGAGUGGGACUCGAAUUCGUCCGUUAGACGCCCGAAACGACGGAUCUUUCACGAGCCCUCCCAGGAGACCAUGGACCUGCUCACGGAGCUCAGGAAGGUCAAGAGCCAGCUAAAGACCCCGUCCUGGGAGAAGGAUCUCGAACUCGAGACGAAACCCGCCCGCCAACCGAAGCGUAUUUUGUUGACCGACAAAGAAUUCUGUCUCUCCGUCGAAAGGGAGAACAGCAUUCGACGCCCGUCGAGGAUACUGAAUUCGUUGGAGAGGACGGAGGAGGGUGCGUCGAACGGGAACCAAGAGGACGACAACAAGGAACCGGAAGAGAGGAAGGCUCCCGGGCCAGCUUUGUUCGAGAAGAAGUGUCUGUCGUUGGACUACGUGGACGAGGAUAAGCCGCAGAAGCCGGAGGCCAGGGCCAUCUCGUUGGCCUCUACUAGGAAUUUGGACAAGUCCGGGGAAAUGGUCGACUACGCGGACUUUGCGUUGAUCUGCGACUCGAAGAGCUACUCGUCGGACGUGUUCAACACGCCCACCGAGGAGACCAACGAGGAAAAGAGCGACAACGACCUGGAGAAAGAAAUCUCGCAGAAGAUGGAUCGGAAUCAUUGCACGGAAGUUGAUAUCACCGUUCCGAUAGAUCAGAAACCGAGCAGCCCGAAGGGUAGCGUUCACGUUCAAGGGAGAACGAGCGAUCUUUACGAGAUCAUAUCCCCGAGAUCAACGCCUUUCCGAGUGAAAAAACGACUCGGAAAGAUUUCCGUCGAGGACACCGUCAAGCCGGAGGGUUUCACCCUAGGUUCUAAGGUCGACUGCCAAUCAGCCGUUGCGCAGAAACGGACCAAGUGCUUCCCUUUAUAACGCAUGUCGACCUGCCCGUGGGCGAAACACUCUCUGUGACACGACGUUUGUCUGUUCCUCGUCCUGAAAGAAAUCACAGGUGAAAGGUGAGUCCGAUGGCAAAUUUCUUCGUCGCGAUUGGUUGCAACGAUCACGCUUUCCUAUCGAAAGAUUCGUCGGAAACGAGACGCUUAUCGAUACUCUCGCAUCUCGUCUCGAAGUUUUUCACGCCGCGGUCGUUCGAAGCUUGCAACGUUUCUGCUAGCAUCAACGAUUUACAAUUUCAGUUCUAUUUUCUACCAAUCGAGCCAGAGAAAAUAGAAGCGAUCCCCAGUUUACCCAAAAUUUCUCUCAGGACGAUAGAACGAUUAAUGGCAAUUAAUACGAUAGUUUGCUCUUGGGGAUAAUCGUGAGCACUAAACGAACUACCAAGCUUUAAUUUUCAACGAAAUACAUAGGCAUUCGUGCGGUUCUUUCUUCGAGCGAACAUCGGUGAACGAGAACGAAUCGUCGUUACAGAUUUCCACGAUAGAAACUAUUUUUACUCGACCAACUUCUUCUAUCCGUGAACAAUGAACACGCAACAAGAGAUUCCCUCUUCUUUAGAGCAUUCCAAAACAAGGAAAACCGAUAAGAUAGACACGGAAUAAGGAUUUCAGUUCCCUUGAAAAGUAACGCGAGCGACGCUCCUUCCGAUUUCGGGUUUUGGAAUACCUUCUCCAAGAUUCUCGUCGCGGGGAGUGGUCGAAACGUUCCACUCGCAGGUAUAUUCUAAAAACGUUAUCCCGACCACUUUUUAACCGACGUUUCGCGAUAGGAAACGGCUCGAUGAAGCUCGAUGGCCGUUUAUUAAAGUUCACGCGGAUCGUUGACAAUUCUUUCCGAACGAGAACAUCCGUCAAACGACGUGACCUCUCUGUCGAGCAGUGCCUUGUUCGUGGAUAUAUUUAUUUAAACGAGAUAAAGCGAAACAAAUGUCCUAUCAAAGAUAUUAUUAAAAUUCCGACUGCGGGCCGGAUGUUCUGAAUGGGUCCACGGAGUUGCGCUUUCGGCGACACGAUCGACCACGUAUCCGGUCUUGGAAGGCUCUCUUUCAUGCGUUCCCGAAUCCCGCCAAUAAUUCGAAACUCGAUCGUAUUUGUACGUCUUCGUUCCAACUUAAUCAACGGAUCUCUUUAAGAAACGUCCAGGCGAGCGAAAGCUCGUUUGCGAAUGAGAAAUUCUUUUAUCAUAAAAUUUCCUCGACUCUAAUCGAGUUUCCAAUUACGUGGGAAGCUAACGAAACCCUCGAACGUUUCUCUGAUUUAACGAGUACUCGGCCCGGCGUAUCGAGGAAUGGAUCAAAGAGAUGAUCGUGAAAGAUAUGUAUACUUAAGCUUACGAGAGUGCAACUCCCACGCUUGCCAAGCCUAUUCCCUGUUCGGCGAAGCGCGUGACGUUUUAACGACACAAAUCCUAUAUACAUAUAUUAAUAUAUCUACGCAUAUAUCGCAUAGAUGUAUUAAUAUAGCUGUAUUAAAUAUAACAGAUUGUUGUGUUCCUCUUAUAAUUUUCUAGAGGUAGAUAGGACUGAGAACGCACUUAAUGGUUAGUAUAAUACGGAAAGUAAAGGUAAAUGUAGAUAUACAGGAUGCCCGGCAGGUUUUCGAGUAAACUUUUCUAAACGAAAAUAUUAUAUAAAUGCUUCCUUAAGAAGUUGUAGAAGGAAAUCGGUGCUGAAUGUUACUUUUGGUCUGCAUUGCGACUAAACAACAAUUACUCUCGCGGACUGGUAUUUCUAUCUUCGUAUUAUCGUUACAACUUUUCGACGAAGCAUUCUUCGGCACGCGUUUGCACAACAUUUUGGCCCGACAAACGAUCGUAAAAAAAUGUUGCCACGAAAACCUGUCGAACGCCCCGUAGAUAAAUAUAUAUGUAACAAAAAAAAAAGUAUAUGCUAUCGUUACUCCGAUGGAAUAUUUGUACGUAUUCUAUGACUAUUAGAGACUAAAGCGAGUUGGUAUAUGUAAUAUAAUAUAUAUACAUAUAUAUCAUAUUAUGUAUAUUUAUACAUACAUACGCGUAUACUCGAUGACAAGUACGCAGGCGUGUGUGUACGGAUCCUAUAGUUGAUGAAAUGUGCCAAAUAAAGAUACGAUUUAUUGUAUGUUAUCGAAGUUACUUUCGUUGUAAGGUAUGCAUCGUGACCAAAGAGUAUGAGGUCGAAUUUAUACAGCGUACUUUUUGGACACCCUAUAUAAAUAUAUUUGUACCGAGUGGUUUCUGCGGGUGUAUAACGCCACGAAUCGAGCGCGCGAAUUAGUGUAAUUAAACGUAGAGAAACGUACAAAAAUCCUCGCGACGAUGCUUUAUCAGAAACUUUUUCACCCAAAUGUCCUUUUCUCCGAUCUAGAGACUAUCCGCUGCUAUCGAUCAUCUCGUUCGAACUUAAAUUUCUCUUAUCGAUAUCAUCGACAGCAGCGCCACCACUUCGAUCGAUGUACAAAGUAAUCCGCGCGUCGAUUUUGAAACAAAUCACUGUUUUCUUUUUCCAACUUUGAUAAGCAAUUUCCAUCUCGAUGUCAGCUACAACGUCAAAUACUAUUUUUUAAAGAAAUUGUUCUCUCUCCAGUUUGUCCCAUUCUUGAGGAUCAACAGCGACGCGCAGAGUGAUCGAUCAUGGCGUACGGACUGUUCACGGUAAAGUUUAGGUAAAUCUGCAUUGUAUAGCGCGUAUAUGCGAAUAGUUGAUAAGUAAACGGUUACGAAAUUUCGCACAGUAACGAUAGAAACGGUAAUCUCGAGCUCAAUUGCAGCCUCGAUUCGCGGCGUUAUAGAUUUUUAAAAACGCUCUAUAUAUGCGUGCACGUUCGACCGUGUCCACGCCUAGAUGUUUGUGUGCGUGUUGCACGUACAUGCGACUUGUCCAUUGCACGGGUGAAAACUACGUGUGCAAACUUAGCGCGUACAUUCGUAUAUAGAAAAAUAGAUAUUAUUUAUGUGUAAUUUAACGCAUACGCUGACCGACCACAAAUUGUUAUCGCGUGCAUGUGUGAAAGGAAUAAUUUAUUCGCGAAGGAUCACGAGCAAGAUUGUUCAUCUUUUUCCUGUUCGUUUCUUUCGAGAAAUAGAAAAGAAGAUAUCCAAUUUAUCGUUUUAACAGCAAUACUGCUUCUUUACAUAUUUUCAAAUGCUCGGUACAGCGGUUUAUUAUCAGCAAGAAAGUAAUGACGUAAUAAAACGCGAUUCGUGAUCCUUUGUUCGUGAACUGCGUGCAACGCACAGUGUGUUCGGUCGGUAGAGUGCAAUCAAAAAUAUGGUGAGGCAGGGUUCGCAUUCUAAUCCGAAGGUAAAUCGUCCAGACUCGUUCUUAACUUACAAAACAAAAAGAAGAAGAAAAAAAAUCCAAAAAAAGAAAAAAAAAAGAAAAAAAAGAAAGAAAGCAAACGAAAGCAUCUCUUAUCACGGCAGCCAUCCGUCCACCUUUUCGGCUGUCCAACGCUCCGUCAUCCGUAUGAUAAAAGAUAAUGUUCUUCGCAUCUACCGAAUUAAUAUCGUGCAUUUGCAAGCGUUCCACUUACACACCUGGACGAAAUUCAUUUAAAAUAGUUAUUUGAAAAGAUGAUAGUCCGACGUUCGAGUGGAAUUGCCGGAGAUCUCGGUUCGAACAAAUCGAGCUUUUCGACAGUUUUAAUUUCGAACUCGAAUGAUCUGUACCUGGGUGGAGGCGAGAAUUAUGCCAGCUCCCCUUCCCCGGAACGGAACAUUCACGUUCCCAUUAAUAUCUGAACAACGUCGAUCGCAAACUUCCAUUAUCCGAACCAAUAGAGAGACACAACCGUUCAGAUAAUUAAACGCCAUCUUUCCGACGAUCAUUCCAUAUUCUAAGAUAAUCUUACAACGUCUCGAAACGAACGUUCAAGGCGGCCCAGGUAACUGUUGCAGAAAACUGUGUCAGGUAGAUGGAAAACACUCGACGAUUUGUUCGAAACCAUUGAAACACGGAUCAGAUCGUAGAUCACCGUAUUCGCGAGGCGAAGGUCUUUAUAUUCGAGUUUUAAACUAUGUUUCUUUCUCGCUGGCGAGAUUUUAGUGGCCGAGUACGAAAGCCCCCUGACGUCCACUCGUUACGGUCACGCGCCGAUAUUUUAGAGUUUUAUUCGGAAGAGUUUAUGAACCCUAUUAAAGAAUCUUAACUAUGUAUACAAUUUUUGUAUUCCCGUCGCGUGUUUCGGGUCUAAGAGGAUUUUAACCGGUUUACUGUCCGAUCGGUCGAAAUAUACCGUCGAUCCCCGUUUACUUUACCAGACAUUUUAAAUUUCACCGACGAGAGAAAGCCUUUUUUUUUCAGCGACGGAUCAACUUUUUAAAAACGAUCGAAUUCCUAAAAUCAGAAGAUACAACGAGAGGCUCUGGUGAUUCUCAAUUUUCCAUACAUAUUCUCUUUCGCCCGAAAAGUAUGAAAUAACCGCGAAUGUUGUUGAGAACGAGUUCUAAAUGCUGUCCAUUUAACGAGCUGAACUUAAGGCGAGCGAAUGAGCAACGUUUUGUAAAUUGUGUGACAAGUGACUUAAAUAAAACACGAUGUGGUACAUUUUGUGUAACAUUGAUACGUUGUUGUAAAUAAUA